UUAAUGGAUCUCUAGACUACUUUCUUCAUGUGUUAAAUAUGGAUAGUAACAGAAUCUACCUUUUAAAGUGACCGAAGAUAAAAUUAUGGAUUCUGUUUAAAGGUUUAGCCCAGUGUCUGGGACAUGGGAGGCAUUCUAAAAAUAGAGCCAGUGCUAUUCAACAAUGACCAUUCUUGUCAUUUUACUGCUCUUAUCCCCAAGACAGCCACCCUGUCUUUGCUGUUGGUGUGACUCAGUCCCCCUUAUUAACUUACCCUCCUAUCCAUUUUGUCCCCUGCAGAGAUGCUGCCCCCACCCCCUUAGGCCUGAGGGAUCAGGAGCUAUGGGGCCAGAGGUCCUCUCAUCUCUACUGCUGCUGCUACUGCUCUUGGUAGCAACUGGAGAUGCUGACAUGAAGGGACAUUUUGACCCUGCCAAGUGCCGCUACGCCCUGGGCAUGCAAGACCGCACCAUUCCAGACAGUGACAUCUCUGUCUCCAGCUCCUGGUCAGACUCCACUGCUGCUCGCCACAGCAGGCUGGAGAGCAGUGAUGGGGAUGGGGCAUGGUGUCCUGCGGGGCCAGUGUUUCCCAAGGAGGAGGAGUAUCUACAGGUGGAUCUACGGCGGCUACACCUCGUGGCUCUGGUGGGCACCCAGGGACGCCAUGCUGGGGGCCUGGGCAAAGAGUUCUCCCGCAGCUACCGGCUGCGUUACUCCCGGGACGGCCACCGCUGGAUGGACUGGAAGGAUCGCUGGGGUCAGGAGGUGAUCUCAGGUAAUGAGGACCCUGGGGGAGUGGUGCUGAAGGACCUUGGGCCCCCCAUGGUGGCCCGCCUGGUUCGCUUCUACCCCCGGGCUGACCGUGUUAUGAGUGUCUGUCUGCGAGUGGAGCUCUAUGGCUGCCUCUGGAGGGAUGGACUUCUGUCUUACACAGCCCCUGUGGGGCAAACGAUGUACUUAUCUGAAGCCGUGCACCUCAACGACUCCACCUAUGAUGGAUAUACUGUUGGCGGGCUGCAGUAUGGUGGUCUGGGCCAGCUGGCAGAUGGUGUGGUAGGGCUGGAUGACUUUAGGCAGAGCCAGGAACUUCGAGUUUGGCCAGGCUAUGAUUAUGUGGGAUGGAGUAACCAUAGCUUCCCCAGUGGCUAUGUGGAGAUGGAGUUUGAGUUUGAGCAGUUGAGGGCCUUCCAGGCCAUGCAGGUACACUGUAACAACAUGCACACACUGGGAGCCCGCCUGCCAGGUGGGGUGGAGUGUCGCUUCAAGCGGGGCCCUGCCAUGGCCUGGGAAGGGGAGCCCAUGCGCCAUGCCCUGGGAGGCAGCCUAGGGGACCCCAGAGCCCGGGCUAUCUCAGUGCCCCUAGGUGGCCGAGUGGGUCGCUUUCUGCAGUGCCGCUUCCUCUUUGCGGGGCCCUGGUUACUCUUCAGUGAAAUUUCCUUCAUCUCUGAUGUGGUAAAUGACUCCUCUCAGGUUCUGGGGGGCACCUUUGCACCAGCCCCCUGGUGGCCUCCUGGCCCACCUCCCACCAACUUCAGUAGCUUGGAGCUGGAGCCCCGGGGCCAGCAGCCUGUGGCCAAGGCAGAGGGAAGCCCGACUGCCAUUCUCAUAGGCUGCCUGGUGGCGAUCAUCCUGCUGCUGCUGCUUAUCAUUGCCCUCAUGCUCUGGCGGCUGCACUGGCGCAGGCUCCUCAGCAAGGCUGAGCGACGGGUAUUGGAAGAGGAGCUGACAGUUCAUCUCUCUGUUCCUGGGGACACCAUCCUCAUCAACAAUCGCCCAGGUCCCCGAGAACCACCCCCUUACCAGGAGCCCCGGCCUCGUGGGAAUCCACCCCACUCUGCUCCCUGUGUCCCCGGUGGCUCUGCCUGCAAUGGGGAUUAUAUGGAGCCUGAGAAGCCAGGUGCCCCGCUUCUGCCCCCACCUCCCCAGAACAGCGUCCCCCAUUAUGCCGAGGCUGACAUUGUUACCCUGCAGGGCGUCACCGGGGGCAACACCUAUGCUGUGCCUGCACUGCCCCCAGGGGCGGUUGGGGAUGGGCCCCCCAGAGUGGAUUUCCCUCGGUCACGGCUCCGCUUCAAGGAGAAGCUUGGCGAGGGCCAGUUUGGGGAGGUGCACCUGUGUGAGGUAGAGAACCCUCAAGAUCUGGUCAGUCUUGACUUCCCCGUCAAUGUACACAAGGGACAACCCUUGCUGGUAGCUGUCAAGAUCCUACGGCCAGAUGCUACCAAGAAUGCCAGGAAUGAUUUCUUGAAGGAAGUGAAGAUCAUGUCACGACUCAAGGACCCAAACAUCAUCCGGCUCCUGGGUGUGUGUGUGCAGGAUGACCCCCUGUGCAUGAUUACUGAUUACAUGGAGAAUGGAGACCUGAACCAGUUUCUCAGUGCCCAUCAGCUGGAAGACAAGGCAGCCGAAGGGGCCUCCAGGGAUGGGGAGGCUGCCCAGGGGCCCACCAUCAGCUACCCGAUGCUCUUGCAUGUGGCAGCCCAGAUCGCCUCAGGCAUGCGUUAUUUGGCCACACUCAACUUUGUACAUCGAGACCUGGCCACACGGAAUUGCCUGGUUGGGGAAAAUUUCACCAUCAAAAUUGCUGACUUUGGCAUGAGCCGAAACCUCUAUGCUGGGGAUUAUUAUCGUGUGCAGGGCCGGGCAGUACUGCCCAUCCGGUGGAUGGCCUGGGAAUGCAUCCUCAUGGGGAAGUUCACAACAGCCAGUGACGUGUGGGCCUUUGGGGUGACUCUGUGGGAGGUGCUGAUGCUCUGUAGGGCCCAACCCUUUGGGCAGCUCACCGACGAGCAAGUCAUCGAGAAUGCUGGGGAGUUCUUCCGGGACCAGGGACGACAGGUGUACCUGUUCCGGCCACCUGCCUGCCCACAGGGCCUGUAUGAGCUGAUGCUUCAGUGCUGGAGCAGGGAGCCUGAGCAGCGACCCCCUUUUUCCCAACUGCAUCGGUUCCUGGCAGAAGAUGCACUCAAUACAGUGUGAAUCACAACAUUCAGCUGCCCACCCCCUUGGGGAGCAAUCCAAGGGAAACCAGUGAUACUAAAACAAGAGGAGCCUAUGGUAUCCCCAUUUCACCCUCUUCCAGCUGCCCAGCACCAAGAGAGGCAGUGUGACAACAGGUGGGCUGGGCCUGCCCAGGGAGCUGAUAACUCCAUUUUCAGUGGACAUAUGCUCAUGUCCACGUCCUGUUUCUCCUUCCAUCUCCUCCUUAGAAGCUCCUGCCACCCACCCAGCUGGCCCUAUGGAUGGGAUCCUCUCUGACUUCUUUCACCAUCCUUUGGGGAAGGGUGGGGACAAAUGCAGGGCAGACACUGGACAUGGCCUGUUGAACACCUGGGUCCCACUGGAUAACACUGGUUCCUGGGGAGUUGGCUGUGUCCCCAGCCUCUCUCUUCCUGUCACACACUGGACCCCACUGGCUGAGAAUUUAGGGGGUAGAAAGGACAAGAAGGGAAGAAAGCUGUUCCCUGAGCCUACCCUGGAACUGUUCUCAGCUUUGGCUUCCUCCUCCAUCCCCAAUACACUGGACCUGGGGAUUCCCUACUACCCACCUGCCACCUGUGUGUAGCUAGAACUUCUCUAAACCUGUACAUUUCUGUGGAGUAAACUGGGAUUAGGGGAAAAGAGGGAGUGAAGGCCUUUGGCCUUGGGGUUGGACAUCUCUGUUAGCUGCCAAAAUGGUUUUUCUAUAAUCACUUGGGGUUUGUACAUUUUUGGGGGGAGAGACACAGAUUUUUACACUAAUAUAUGGAUCUAGCUUGAGACAACUUUAAUCCCCUGCAUUAGGCAGGUAAUAAUAAAGGUUGAAUUUUCCACA